UGGGCUUCGCUUUUAGGCUUUGGUUCCGCAAUAAACACGAAAGAUGAACUUUUUUUAAUAAAGUGUGAGUAAAAAUAAAACAAUGAGAGUAAAAGAUGUAAUGAUGGUGGUGCAAUGAAAGAACAAACUAGAAUUUUAAAGAGAAAACGAGGGCGGCCAAAAAAAAACGUGACAUGCAGUGAAACAAGGAAAAUUAUUCCAUUGUAUCCAAAGUUAGAGCAUACCCCUUUACCUCCACAUCAAGACUGCAUGGUUAGAAAGAAAUCUCCACAAACAUUACCACAAUAUAGUAUUGUAGAAUUUGAAAUAUCGAGUGAUUCUAAAAGUCCUGACAAACAUGAAAAUGUCAAAACCGAUGAUGGAAAUAUCCAAAAACAAUGGACACGAAAGAGAGAUAGAAGUAGUCAUAACGCAGAAGAGAAAAGGAGAAAAGCAAAAAUAAAUGGCUGGAUUUCUAAAUUAGCUGACUUGUUAUGUCAAAUGCCUGCCGACAAAAAGAGUAAAUGUUCCGUUCUCGAGCGUGCAUUUCUAUACAUCAACGAAAAAGAAAAACAAGAUGUGCCACAGAAACUGUUAUCACGUAUUAACGAUUUGGAAAUGAUCAUCAUAAAAUUAGUAAAAUUGCUACGUCAGCAUUCGGUAAACAUUCCUGAUGACAUCAAAGUCGUGACCGAUAAUCCGUCUUUAGCGAAAGAAAUUAUGAUACAACCCGCUUCACCACAACAUGCUUCCUUGUCGAGUACUUCCGCUGUCACAGAUGCACCUAUGUCUUAUAAUUUCAUUCUUGUAAAUGCACCCUUAUUCAGUGCGCCUCAUUUCAGUAGUGCGACUGGAAACUCACAGUUGUCCAAUGUUUUGACCAAUAUCAACGCACACCAAUGUAAUAACGUCUCGAGCGCUAAAGCCCAACUAACAAGCAACCAAAUUGUUGGUGCCACAUCUUUGCCUUGUAUCAGUUCUCCUUUGAAAAGCAGUAGUUCGGAUGUUCUCACGCGUCAGACUUGCGCAACCAAAGUAGUGUGUAGUACGAGGAAGCAUGUUUCACAGGCAAAAACAACAUCAAGCACGUCAGGAAAUAAUAGUAAAGAUAAUGAGAAGAAUCUAUGGCGGCCUGUUUCGUCCCUAUUACCAAUAUCUACAACCUAUAAAAAUGAUGCAUUUCUUCAUGUUACAACAGAAACCAAGAGACAUUCUGCUGUUGCCUCAGGCAGCGGAGUACAAGACGCGCUUGUUAGUCUGUCUUCGGGAAGAGAAGAUGAGAAAGAAAAACUGGAAUUACCUUGCCACGCUCCCAAAAAUCCAAUUGUUUCGCUAACGAAAUUAAAUACCAAUUUGUCAAUGAACCCCAGCGAUUUGACGCCGGAGGUUCUGCACCAAGGUGUUUUAGAAAAAAGUAUUGUUAAUCCUGAAAAUAGGGCCAAGACGGAGAAGGCCUUGAAAUUUUGGAACAAAGUAGCCUCUCCCACACAAAGUUUUGGAAUAGACAGUCUGCUGGUUGAAGAACCUGUUAAAGUGAACUCUUGCCCCGACAAUGUUGUUUUCACUACGCCCGUCUUAUGUGCAAGUAUUACGAAUCAUGAAAAAAGUCACGAUCAGGUAUGCACGUCAUCAAUGUCGUCAUCAUGUUCACAAGGAUCUCGUUUGUCGAGUAGUGGUCAUACAGUCAAAGCGUUGUUAGAACCAAACACGAUUAACUGUGUCAUACAGAAUACCAAAAUGAUUAAUUUACAAUCUGAUUUGCCUGCUAAGAGUCUCAAUGCCUCCACAACACAACACAUCACAAAUGUUUCAACAUCGAGUAGUAUUUCUGGCAAUGACGGAUCUUCAAAACGUUGGGGAAAUGUGUUGGUGAAUGCUCAUAAUAGUGACAUGUUGCUGACGUCAUUUGUCCUAGAAAGCAAGUUUACGAACAAAAACAAACCUAAACGAAAUGAAAAACAAGGAAUAAAAGAUAAGAAUAAAAUAAAUAGUUUUUUAAAAGGAGUAGGAUCAUUGUCAACGGUAGAAAACACAACAAUAAUAACAACAGCAACAAAGAGUUCAUUACCUGUAACAUCCACAACAUGUCGAUGUAUUAGUGAAGUAGUGAAGCCACUUAUAACAAAAGCUGUGGCAAGCUCAUCUAAAGGGAACAGUCUUGCUGAUAUGACAACAUCAGCAGGUUUAUGCUGUAACAGUGCGUCCGCUGCUAAGUUAUCUUUCACCUCGCCAAUCAAAUCCAAAUUGACUGGCUUAAAAACAACUCUUACGUGUACUGUGGUUGGGACAAAUACACACACAGACAGUACCAGUCAGGAAAACUAUUUAGUAAAGACUUCAUCAGACCACUCCAAUGCUGUCCUACAAAUAGAUGUUAUUAACUCUGGAAACUCGAUUAUUACCAAGAAGAAAGCUAAUGCGGUAUACCCACGCACAAUGAAUGAUCGAACUGUUAAGAAUAAAUGGUUAGAGAUGGAAAAGACGGACGUUUCCAUCGCCUUUACAAUAUCAGAUCGUAGUAACGAACAAUGUUCAAGUCCCGUGAUCUGUUUCCCUAAUAUUGGAAGGCCACGGAAAAGAAGUAUGUGUGAUGUGACUGACCUCUCCCAGUCAAGGAAAAUCUCUCAAAACAAAGGGGGAGACGUAACGUCUUCCAGCGAUUUUUCUGCCGAGUCCUUAUGUCAGCCAGCAAGUAAAAAGCAUUGUGAUUUAAAAAAAUCUUGUAUAAACGAAUCAAAACAACAUCAGAAAAUUAACAACGUGAAAGCCAGACAGAAAACACGUGCUAUUCAUAACCCAACAAAGCAACAGCAGCGACAACAACAACAAAAUAUUCCCCGUCAAAAACUCAACCAUCAACCAGAUUUACAAUUCCCAACGUCUCUACCAACUAUACUAAAUAUAUUUGCACCAGCCCCUGUUCCAACAACCAACAUGCAACAACAGAACAUUCAGCCUGGUUUCUCCAACUUCUCCGCAGAGGCUCUAGUGAAUAACACAUGCAACGUAAUGAGCAACGGUUUACAAGAAGCGAACUUUCACGAAAAUAUGUUAAUGGCUGCAAAUUUUACAAAUUUCUCUGCUGACACUCUUAUUUCCGGCCAAGAAUCGAACAUGCCUUACGCAAUCGACAAUCUUAUUGCCCAAAAUAACGUUAAUCAAAUAUCCAACUACUGGAACCAAUGGCUUCCCCAAGAAAUGUCGUUGAACGAACCAAUGUUUCAAAAUAUGUCAAACAUACAAAAUAACAUGCAGCGAACUCGACAGAAUAUUGCGACAGAAUGUAGUCCAAUAAAAAGCAUCAUGAGUAUAUUGCAAUCUUCGCCAAACAGCAACCCUGAAUUGCCAUUAAACAACAUUAACACCUUACCGCAAAAAAAUAAUCGGGUGGAUCACCGUGGGAGGAGAUUAUUUAACCUUUACCAAAACAACUUUCCCGAAAAUAUUUGGAACAAUAAACAACCAUACACACAAAAUCAUUUGUAUCAGUUGAACACUGAAGCCACCAAUGAAAAUGCUAUGUUUACACAUCUUAGCAACAUAAACUGUAAUAAUGCAAGUAAAUAUGUUGGAAUUGGCAACAUUGAAAAUUAUAAGGUGGACACAAGAAUAAACAAAGAAAAAUGCGGACCAACUUAUGGUUCUUAUUCACUUCUAAAUUCUUCUUAGUAGUUUUAAAAAUAUUAUAUAGUAUUCUUUUCAAAAUAAAGAAAUCUUUUUAAAA